GUUAUUCAACUUCAUCUACAAUUUGAAUUCGUUAUUAAUUUUCACAUUUUCAACACGUAUCCCCGACUCACUCAGUUGUUGUUUUUACAAGCACACAAGUUCUAGUACAGACUAGCGAAAAUUUCUUCAAAAACAUGUUUGAAAACAUUAGUUUUCUUUUCCUAUUUGCAAUGGCCCUUAUAUCCUGGGCUGUGCUCUGCCUCCAGCAUCUGGUUGAAGUCCAAAAGCGCGCUGCCUCCAAUUAUCAUGAGGAAUUCUACAGAGAGCGACCCGAGAUUGCUUUUGAGCCACGUAUGAGCCACAAGCCCUCAGAUCCAAUUGCUGUAAGAGGAGUCUUCAAUUUCACUUUGAGCUUUUGGGUGAUACUCGCAGUGACCUUUGGCCUGUCGAAGCUCCUUCAAUUGAUCGAAAGACAGGCCAAGAAUUACCUGAAGAACCUUAAGGCGCUACAGCCAGUUAACGCAGUGGAAUGCCGAUCCUUGACAGAGUAUCCUGUCGCAGAAGAGAAUCAACCAACUCCCGAUUCAGUUGCAGUGGAAGAAAAUGCAGCUCUGAGGGAGCAGCUUAGCGUUCUUGAAACGCACUGUUUGGAAAUGCGAGAAAUAAUGCACGAACUGAGACUGAGCAAAAGUUCCACUAGCCAAUCCGAAGAUGAGGGUGUAGUAUCGUUGAAUCACUCUGAAGAAUCCUUGAUGAUUGGAAAGAGAAUGAGCUACAUGGCAAUGUCCCCUUCCACUCACUCUUUGCCACUUAUAAACUGCUCCUCCCAGCCUGGUCAGAAUAUCUAUAUCACAAAUAGCCACAUUCACAUCCGAGGACCCGUUUUCUGCUCGGAAAACAGAUUCAACUUGGAGCUCUCCAGGCAGGCAUCGAUGUAUGCGAGGAAGCAGAGCGAAUUUAUCCAAGUGUUUGGAAAAUAUAUCACCGGAUCCAAGGAGCGCCCCAUGAUAGCCGGAAGUAUGCGUUGCAACAACAUCCUUAUGUGAGGAGUGCCACCAAAUCUAUCAAUAGUACGCCUAAUAAACAUUAAUGUGCUUAAUUUAAGAGAGAAAAUAAGUAAAGUAUUCUAAAACCUA